AUGGCUGAUGAACGCUCACGCCGUGGAUUAAAUCCAAAUGCGCAGGAAUUUGUCCCAAAUCCAGCUGCUCGUCCGUUUAUUCCUGGACAGCAUUACAUUUUCACGCCACCGCCAACGCAAGUGUAUUAUCAGCCAACACAUCCAGUCGGUCAAGAAAUUUAUCCGAUGUGUCAGCAAUAUAGUAAUGUAGGGGUAACUGGUAUUCCAUCGAAUGGAUCACAGUCAGCAUUUGUUUGCUCUCAUCAGCAACCUUAUUCUAAUGCUGUAAUGCCUAGGCUAGAAUUAAAAAGGUGUGAUGUAACACAGCGUGGAACCGAAGAGCUGGAUUCCCUUGCUGAUGCUUGGGAUGACGAAGUGGAAGAUAAAAGAGAACCAAUAGAAAAAGAAGAUGGGAUAAAAGAAAUGGAGGAGAAAAUUUCUGCACCUUUAGAGAAAAAGGAAAAAUUGGUUAUUCAAGAAAAUCCACCAAGUGAUAUUCAGAAAAUCAAAGAUAACUUAGUUCCUUCAUCAGAAGUAAAAGCGGGAGACGAAGAAGAGACGCCGUUGUCGGAUAAAGUCAAACAGUCUCUUAACAUUGAUGAUAGCGAUCGAAAGGAACACGUCAAUAUGGUUUUUAUUGGGCACGUGGAUGCUGGAAAGUCCACAAUUGGUGGCCAUUUAAUGUUUUUGACAGGAAUGGUGGAUAAACGCACUUUAGAGAAAUAUGAACGAGAAGCGAAGGAUAAAGGACGAGAAUCAUGGUUUUUUAAUUUUUCCUAUUUUCGGUAUCUCUCAUGGGCUUUGGAUACAAAUGAUGAAGAGCGGGAAAAAGGUAAAACAGUGGAGUGUGGUCGCGCAUUUUUUGAAACUGAAAAAAAGCAUUUUACGAUUUUGGAUGCACCUGGGCAUAAAUCUUUUGUUCCAAAUAUGAUUAGUGGAGCAACUCAAGCAGAUUUAGCCAUCUUGGUUAGUCCGCAUUAA